UAGACCAUAUCUGCAUCAGAAAGACAGCAAGGAGAAAUAACAGUUCAGCAAGGAGAAGUAAUGAGAUGACAUUUGAAGGCUUUCUAAGAUACAUGACUUCAGAGGACUGUAUGAUAUUUAAAACUGAGCAUCAAACUGUUUACCAGGAUAUGUCCCAUCCAUUAUGUGAAUAUUUUAUUUCAUCCUCGCACAACACCUACCUCAUAUCUGAUCAGCUAAUAGGGCCAAGUCAUCUGUGGGGCUAUGCAAGUGCUCUGAUGAAAGGAUGUCGCUGCUUGGAAAUUGACUGCUGGGAUGGACCAGGCAAUGAACCUGUUGUUUAUCAUGGAUACACAUUAACAAGCAAAAUUAGCUUUAUGACUGUCAUCCAGGUGAUCAAUAAGUAUGCAUUUUUGGUCUCUGAUUAUCCUCUGAUACUGUCUUUGGAUGACCACUGCAGCCCUAAACAGCAAGAAGUAAUUGCAGAUUAUCUAACAAGUAUCCUGGGUGACAAGUUGGUUACAUCUACAGUUCAUGAUGAGAUGCCAACUGAGUUGCCCUCUCCUGAGGCACUGAAAUUCAAAAUAGUGAUAAAAAAUAAAAAACUUGGAACACUUGAAGAAACACUUGCAAGAAAGGGCAUAGAUAGCCAUGGUCAGGCAGGAGAAUUUGAAGAGGAAGAAUCAAGUGAUGAGGAGCAAGAUCUUUCACACCCUAAGCAACCCUUGCUUAAGAAGAGACAAGCGCAUUGGAAAGGUUCAGGCCCAGCGUAUAAAAAGCAACGAAUGAAAAAAAUAAACAUUGCUGUGGCACUGUCAGACCUUGUGAUUUAUGCUAAAACUCGAAAGUUUAUAAGCUUUGAAGAAUCCCGAGAAAAGCAGCUUUUUUAUGAAAAUAAUUCAAUUGGAGAGGCAAAAGCCCGAAAGCUGGCAAAACUAAAAGCUAAUGAAUUUGUUCAACAUACAGUCCGAUUUAUUACAAGAAUAUACCCUAAAGGAACACGAGCAAACUCCUCCAAUUAUAAUCCUCAGGAAUUCUGGAAUGUUGGAUGUCAGCUAGUGGCAUUAAAUUUCCAAACAUCUGGAUUGCAAAUGGAUCUCCAAACUGGGAAAUUUUUGGAUAAUGGUGGUUCUGGAUAUAUCCUAAAACCAGAAUAUCUCAGAAAUAGAGACACACAAUUUUCGCCAUAUACUUUUACUGCAAACCAUCAAGGAGUUCAUCUUACAAUAAGGAUUAUAAGCGGGCAUCAAUUACCACCUAGCAGUCUCUCAAGGACUAAUAAAGCCGACCCCUUAGUUGUAAUAGAAAUUUAUGGUGUUCCAGAAGACCAGACAAAACAACACAGUUCUGUAGUUAAGGGCAAUGCUUUGUGCCCUAGAUGGGAUGAAACAUUCACAUUUAAUGUCCAAGUUCCAGAGCUUGCCUUAGUACGAUUUGUUGUACAAGAUCAGCUUUCUCUCACUUCCAACGAGUUCCUUGGCCAGUAUACUUUGCCACUUUUGAGCAUGAAUAAAGGUUAUCGUCAGGUUCCACUGCUUUCCAAACUUGGUGUCAGUCUUCAUCCUGCUUCUCUCUUUAUACAUGUCUGGUACUUUAAGCAAAAGUAAUUGUUACCAGUGUUCCCUCAGCUGUUUGUUCUCUCAAUAAAAACC